UAAUAUACCAAAUUCUCAAUAUUUAUUUUUUGUCCUAAUUAGCAAAAUAUUUUUGAAGUAUUUUCCAUUUAAUUCAAUAUGAUACAGAUUUCUUCGCCGAAUUUCCAAUUUCCAAUUCCGUCGUAUUAACGUCAAUAGGCGGGGGCGAGUUGCACCCUCUGACUCUGACCCCCCAUUGCCAUCUUUCUAAGUAUAUGGUUUGGAUCGCGAUCGGAGAAGGUUGAUUUUGCAAAGGAGUUGGAAUUUCGGUAAUUGGAAUUGAUAGAGGGGGGUUUGUGAAUUCCUAGGAAGAUGGGGGUUAUGUCCAGACGGGUUUUACCCGUCUGUGGUAACCUCUGUGUCUUUUGCCCUUCACUACGCCCAAGAUCAAGACAACCGGUCAAGCGUUACAAGAAGUUGAUUGCUGAUAUCUUCCCACGGAAUCAGGUUCCUGAACCGAAUGAUAGAAAAAUUGGGAAGCUGUGUGAUUAUAUUUCUAGGAACCCGUUGAGAAUUCCCAAGAUUACUGAUAACUUGGAGCAAAGAUUUUACAAGGAUUUACGUAAUGAAAACUUGGCUUCAGUGAACGUUGUCUUGUGUAUAUAUAAGAAAUUGUUAUCAUCGUGUAAGGAGCAGACGCCACUUUUUGCUAAUAGUUUAUUAGGGAUCAUUCGCACUCUUCUAGAGCAAACUCAGGCAGAUGAACUGCGGAUCUUAGGCUGCAAUACUCUUGUUGGGUUUAUAGAUUGCCAGACAGAUGGUACAUACAUGUUCAACUUAGAAGGUUUUAUCCCAAAACUAUGCCAAAUGGCUCAAGAAGUGGGAGAUGAUGAUCGAGCUCUGCGUCUACGCUCUGCUGGAUUGCAAGCUCUAUCCUGCAUGGUGCAGUUCAUGGGUGAACACUCACAUCUUUCCAUGGAUCUUGACAAAAUUAUAUCAGUGGUUUUGGAGAAUUACAUGGAUCUCCAAUCUACGUCCAAUGUUGCUGCAGUAGAGAAACUUGAUUUACAAUCUCAGAAUCAGUUGGCUCAAGGAUUUCCUAAAGAAGCAGAUGGUGGACAUUCUUUACCAGAUAUCUCUACAAAGAAUUCUUCCUCGUUGACAAGAACUGAGAUGGAGUCUAAGUUGGACACCACUAAGGAUCCUACGUAUUGGUCAAAGCUUUGCUUGUAUAAUAUGGCCAAAUUGGCAAAGGAAGCUACAACUGUGCGGCGUGUCCUUGAACCACUUUUUCAUAAUUUUGAUAUUGAAAAUCACUGGUCUUCCCAAAAGGGUGUUGCAUCUUCUGUUUUGACGUAUUUACAAACCCUUCUAGCAGAAUCAGGCGAUAACUCUCAUCUUUUGUUGUCCAUCUUGGUCAAGCACUUGGAUCAUAAGAAUGUUGCCAAGCAACCUAUCCUACAAAUUGAUAUAAUUAACACCACCACUCACCUCACACAAAAUGUGAAGCCGCAGUCCUCAGUUGCAAUCAUUGGUGCAAUAUCUGACCUCAUUAAACAUUUAAGGAAAUGCCUGCAAAGUUCAGCUGAGUCUUCGAGCGUUGGGAGUGAUGCAUAUAAGUUAAAUAUUGAACUUCAGUCUGCUAUAGAAAGGUGUAUAUUACAACUUUCAAACAAGGUUGGGGAUGUAGGACCCAUUCUUGAUUUGAUGGCUGUGGUUUUAGAGAAUAUUUCUACUUCUACCCUCAUAGCCAGAACAACAAUCUCUGCUGUCUAUCAAACCGCAAAAUUAAUCAGUUCUGUCCCUAAUGUGUCAUAUCAGAAGAAGGCUUUCCCUGAUGCCUUGUUCCAUCAAUUGCUUGUGGCCAUGGCUCAUCCGGACCGUGAAACACAAAUUGGAGCACAUAGUGUCUUCUCUAUGGUGCUUAUGCCAUCAAUGGUUUCUCCUUGGUUGGACCAGAAAACAAAGAUGGCUAUGAAGGUACAGAGUAAUAGUUUCCGCAUUCAGCAUGAUAGUUUCUCUGAAGCAGAACACUUAAAUGGGAAACUGCUAGAAGGAAACACGGUUGCAGGAGUUACUGGGGAUAAAAAUGCUGUUCAUCCAUAUCGUGGUUAUAGCUUUACUCAUGCACUAACUGAUGGAAAAGAGGAUUUAGGUUCUCUUAGAUUGAGCAGUCACCAAGUGAGUCUGUUGCUUUCCUCGAUCUGGGUUCAGGCAACCUCUGUAGAAAAUGGCCCUGCAAAUUUUGAGGCAAUGGCACACACUUUUAGCAUCUCUUUAUUGUUUACUCGUUCUAAGGCAUCCAAUUACAGGGUUUUGGCUAGAUGUUUCCAAUUAGCAUUCUCCCUUCGAAGCAUCUCUUUGGACCAAGAAGGAGGCUUGCAACCAACUCGCAGGAGGUCCCUUUUUACCUUGGCUUCAUACAUGCUUAUGUUCUCUGCCAGGGCAGGCAAUUUCCCUGAUUUAAUUCCGAAAGUUAAAUCAUCCCUGACAGAGGCUACAGUAGAUCCUUUUCUCAAAUUGGUUGAUGAUAUCAGACUGCAAGCUGUUUGUAUAGAAUCAGAAAAGACCAUUUAUGGGUCACAAGAAGAUGAAAUUGCCGCUAUAAACUCACUUUCAGCCAUAGAAUUGGAUGACGAGCAGUUGAAAGAGACUGUGAUAUCAUACUUUAUGAUUAAAUUCUCAAAAUUGUCCAAGGAUGAGUUGUCCAACAUAAAGACACAAAUUCUACAGGGAUUUUCCGUUGAUGAGGCAUAUCCUUCAGGACCUUCACUGUUUAUGGAGACACCAGGGCAAUUUUCCCCGCGUGAUCAGAUUGAGUUCCCUGAUUUUGAUGAGAUAGAGACUUCAAAGUUUUCGAUUGGUGAAGAGUCUGGGCCUGAACCAAGCGGAAGUCAGUCUGAUCGCAGAACAUCACUCUCAACCAAUACUGCUGAUGUUCUAAGUGUUAACCAACUAUUAGAAUCGGUUACCGAAACCGCACGGCAAGUUGCCAGUUUUUCCAUUUCCUCAAAUCCUUUACCCUAUGACCAAAUGAAGGACCAGUGCGAAGCACUUGUAAAUGGGAAACAAGAGAAGAUGUCUGUUCUUCAGAGUUUCAAGCAUCGAUCAGAUGUCAAGGCCAUAGUUCUUCCAAGUGAACGGGGAGUAGAAGUUCCCCCUCUACCAACUAAGGUGCAGAAACUUUUACAAGAUGAUUUAAAGUUAGUGAGCCAGGAGCAAUCUAUUUCACAGGAUCAAGUUCUAGUGCAGCAAAAUUCUCUGAGACUACCACCUUCAAGCCCUUAUGAUAAAUUCCUGAGAGCUGCGGGAUGCUAAUGCAAACUAUGUUGCAAAACAUAGAAGCCAUUUUUUCAUUAUUUGCAUCGAUGAUAAACUAAAUGCUGAUUAUUGAGAUGGUUUUUACCAUUCUUG